AUGGAUACAGCAGUCAAAUCGCCCUAUCGAGAGCCCGUAUUGAAAUACACGAAGGCGCUUCCCAGUACGCCAGUAGAACUGAAAGAAUCUCAACAAACAAUCAUGUCAAAAACCUUGCCUUCUUUGCCAGAGAGGAAAAGCUCAAGGGCAAUGUCAAUUCCACGUCGAGCCGUUGGGAGUACUCCAAUUCCGUCAAAAAAGUCUUCCAUUGCAAGCAUAUCAUCUUCGGGUUACUCUGACUCUGUCCUUUCUCGAACCUUGUCCGGGGGUAGCAACUUUACCAAAGAUUCACUCAGCUAUACCGAAUCGGAGUUUCGAAAAACUCCCCCGAUACCAGAGCAGGAUGAACGGAAUCGGACAUCUCCUACGACACCCAGAAAUGAAAUGGGAAGCCCAGAUUCUUUAUCGAGUUUGACAUCUUCUCCAACGCAAGAAAUUUGGAGGAGAAGAUCGUUGGUAACUCAGAAAGGAAUUGAGUUUCCUGAUUUGAAACUCGUAAAGAGUAACGGCUCAACGGCAAGUCCUCCUUCCAGAAACGGCAACUCAGCACUCGAUCGUUCCUUGCCCAAACUACCUAGUCAGGUUCUCCGAUAUAGAGAGCUUUUUGAUCGAGAACGAGGCCUCAUACCUGCUCGUGAAGCGCCGCAAGCACCAGCAGUACCGUCGAUGGGCGCAAAGAUUUCGAAGCUGAAAGAUAUCAGCAAACGAAAAGGCACAGAUCAGUCUCAUGAACUCGGUGGACAUGGCGACCUUAACACCGACCAGUCUGAAUAUCUUGGAGAAGGACAUACGUCACAGUCGACAGACGCACCAUACUCGCCCCAUGGAGGUCUGCCAACACCAGAAUAUUUAAGAUCGGAUGAAGAUCAAAGUCAACCAUCUACACCACAAGUGUAUUCACCGACUACACCACCCAGCGAUUUACCAUCCGCAACCCAAGUGCCAAUCAAAUCGGAUGCUACUCACGCACACGAUAUUUCCGUUGCAACAGUGAACGACCAAUCAAUUCUACAACGAUCUCCACUCGUACCUAAUCUUCUUCACGGUAACCACUCUCGAAGUCCCUCUGAGACUUUAACCAUCACAUCUCCCCUGGAUGUCGUCCGAUCACCGCAACCCCAAAAGCCACAUGCCACCAAAACUAUCCUCACACCUCAACCCUCACCUCCAGCUGAAUCGGCAACCUUCUCGCCAUCCAUUGCAUCCACGACUCCAACUGUCACGACAAAUCCACAUUCCCGUCAGACUUCUCGAACUACUACAUCUCGUGCAACGUCUCUCUCUUACUCUUAUUUCCCUCUAUCACCUUCCUCACUUCCCGCUCCUGGAACAAUUCUACCAGCUCCUCCCAUUACAUCACAACAUAUUGAUUGCUUUCAAAGUCACAGAUUUAUGCGGCGAUCACGAAAUAAUAUAUGUCCACUCCAAUGCCAAACUUGCUCGAAGGGAGACUUUGAACAACAAUGGAAAUGUACAUGGUGCUGUUUGAGGGUGUGUUCUGACUGCAUGGCUGUUUUGGCAACAGUACGAAAAGACCUAGGAGCUUUCUUGAAAUUGAUUGGAAAAGAUACACCAAAUGAAUCUGAUGACAAGAGAAUAAUGGUCGGGAAAGAUGUUGGUGAGAGGAGUGAAAAUGUGAACCAGGAGAACGAGAAUCAUCAAGUGGGGGUUGAAGCGUGA